UCUAAAGGGGCGGUAGCCCAGCGGCGGCGAAAUGCAUCUGGGGCUUGUAGUCUCAGCCAGAGGAUCGUGUAACGGACUGUUACGCGUCACCAUUCCGUUCCUAGGAAGAACUAAAGAUGAAUCCUAAAGAGGUGAGGGAAAGGAGAUCAAAGUUACUACUAUUGGAAGAUAUUCUAGAACGCAGACUCUUCACAGCUAUCCACUUUCAAACAAAUUGUUCUUACUUUCUGAUCAGGCCGGAAGUGGAUUUCCUUUGAGGUGAAAGGGAUUAUUUUGGGAGACCAAUGUUGACAGGCAUGCCCACAAAUAGGGAAGACUUGGUUUUCUUGUCUCCUAGAGACUUAGUCCAGCUCAACUUCUCUCCAUGGGAAGUAUUUCUACCAACCACCACCCAAAUUACAGCGAGAGAACUUUCUCUGUGUUCUCUAUGUGUAGCGACAAUGGAGAUGCCCAUCCUAAGAAAGCAUUUCUUACGCUUUCUUGUGUUCAUGGCUGCGAGGAGUGCCAGUAACAGAGUUGAUUGUGUUUCCACCUCAAAUAUUUACCAGACACUUAAUUUGCCAUACGCAGUGUGUAUACAGAAAUAAAAGCUACAAACUAAGUCUCCCGGCCUUCAAGCAGUUUACAGUUUGUAAAGGAAUCCACCCCUGAUGUUGAAUUUGCAAUUGCAAACAGCCAGGUGCUAGGCCUGGUGGCUCGUGCCUGUAAUUCCAGCACUUGGAAGGCCGAGGGAAGAGCGUUACCAGGAGUUUGAGGCCAGCUUUGGACACAGAAUUUCAAGCCUGCCUAAGUGAGACCUUGUUUCAACCAGAAAAGCAAACCACCUCUGUUGGAGUUAGCGGCAGGUUUCAUCUCCUUGAAAAGAAAGGAUCAUCUUGCAGAAUUAGCCCGUGGUAACAUAACCUACAUUAUCUUUAAACUCUAGUUGACUUCAGCUCUCCAACCUAUGAUUAAGUCCUAGGAAAUUUUGAUCCAGUCCCAACAAUAUCCCUGCCAUUUCACUUCAUAGCCAUAGGAAAUACAACCCCAAAUUCUUAACAACCGAAGAAGUUAAUACACUGAGAUCUCCCCUUGGUGUGAAGCCUGGCUUCUCCCAAAAGAAUCGAUAACUUCUUUUAUUGUUGCACACUGUAAACACUGAGCGUGUUUAAAUUGGUGACUUACAAGACUGCCUCAUUAAACUGUAAGCCAGGAGCUUUUGUACUUGUAUUUGAAACGCACAGUAAGGUGCCAAGCUCACAGUGAAGGCUCUGUAUAUAGUGAAUGAAUUAAUGUCCAAAAACCAAGUGGCAAAACUUCCUGCAGUCUUUUCAGCCCUCAAUCAAAAAAUAUUAAAUCUCUCUGAGAGCACUGUGCUUGGCAUGAGCAGGUGGCACGCAGAGGUUUUCAAACAUUGUUAGUCACAGACUUUAUUCAAACAAAACCUUAGAAGCGUGACAGAUAGAGCCAUGCAGGGCACAAAGACCCAGAGGAACUAGGCAGCCUCUAACUCCUCCUCUGCCUAGUUGGCCCGCCCCAGUGCAGCCUCGCGGUUCAGGGCUUGGAUUGGCUGAGCAGACGUCCAGGCCCCGCCCCAAGUGCCUCCCCCCAGGCUCCGCCCCGACGGUCCCUCCGGGUCCGUAACGGCCCUCGCGCACCUCGCACAGCUGGAGCGCUUUGCUCGCGGCACUGUCUAUAAAGUUGUUGUUGCUGCUUCCGCCACGGGUGGAGGAAGAUGGCGUCCGGAGGUGGUGGCUGUAGCGCUUCGGAGCGACUCCCUCCGCCCUUCCCUGGCAUGGAUCCGGAGUCCGAAGGGGCUGCCGAGGGGUCAGAACCCGAGGCUGGGGACAGCGACACCGAGGGGGAGGAUAUUUUCACUGCCGCCGCGGCAGCCACUAAACCCCAGUCUCCAAAGAAAACCACAUCCCUUUUUCCUAUCAAAAAUGGUUCCAAAGAGAAUGGGAUCCAUGAGGAACAAGACCAAGAGCCACAGGAUCUCUUUGCAGAUGCCACAGUGGAACUCUCCCUGGACAGCACACAGAAUAACCAGAAGACAACGCCAGGCAAAACACUUAUUUCUCAUCCUCCGCAAGAAGCCACAAAUUCUCCUAAGCCACAGCCACGCUAUGAGGAGCUGGAGGAAGAAGAACAGGAAGAUCAGUUUGAUUUGACAGUUGGUAUCACUGAUCCUGAGAAGAUCGGGGAUGGUAUGAAUGCCUAUGUAGCCUACAAAGUCACUACCCAGACGAGCUUACCAAUGUUCAGAAGCAGGCAGUUUUCAGUAAAAAGAAGAUUCAGUGACUUUCUGGGUCUUUAUGAAAAGCUUUCGGAGAAGCACUCCCAGAAUGGUUUCAUUGUCCCUCCUCCACCUGAGAAGAGCCUAAUAGGAAUGACAAAGGUGAAGGUUGGGAAGGAAGAUUCUUCCUCUGCAGAAUUUCUUGAGAAACGGAGGGCUGCUUUGGAAAGGUACCUUCAAAGAAUUGUGAAUCAUCCUACCAUGAUACAGGACCCAGAUGUCAGGGAGUUUUUGGAAAAAGAAGAGCUGCCUCGAGCUGUGGGUACGCAGGCUUUGAGUGGUGCUGGUCUCCUUAAGAUGUUCAACAAAGCUACAGAUGCAGUCAGCAAAAUGACCAUCAAGAUGAAUGAAUCGGACAUUUGGUUCGAGGAGAAGCUCCAGGAGGUAGAGUGCGAGGAGCAGCGCCUACGGAAGCUGCACGCUGUGGUGGAGACUCUAGUCAACCAUAGGAAAGAGCUAGCGCUAAACACAGCCCUGUUUGCCAAGAGUCUAGCCAUGCUUGGGAGCUCCGAGGACAACACAGCACUGUCACGAGCACUCUCCCAACUGGCUGAAGUGGAAGAAAAGAUUGAGCAGCUCCACCAGGAACAGGCCAACAAUGACUUCUUCCUCCUUGCAGAACUCCUGAGUGACUAUAUUCGCCUCCUGGCCAUUGUCCGAGCUGCCUUCGACCAGCGCAUGAAGACAUGGCAGCGCUGGCAGGAUGCUCAGGCCACGCUGCAGAAGAAGCGGGAGUCUGAGGCUCGGCUGCUGUGGGCCAACAAGCCUGACAAACUGCAGCAGGCUAAGGAGGAGAUUACAGAGUGGGAAUCUCGGGUGACUCAGUAUGAAAGAGACUUUGAAAGAAUUUCAACAGUUGUCCGAAAGGAAGUGACACGAUUUGAGAAAGAGAAAUCCAAGGACUUCAAAAACCACGUGAUCAAGUACCUAGAGACACUCCUACAUUCCCAGCAGCAGCUGGCAAAAUACUGGGAAGCCUUCCUUCCUGAGGCAAAGGCCAUCUCCUGAGGGACCAAGGAUACCAGAGCCUACCUUCGUGACGCUGCCUUUUUAUACACUGUCCUUCUCCUCUAUGGACCCCAACUGAUGCCCCUGCCUUGGCUGGACUUAGCCCUUCUACUCUGCCCACGGACAAACUGUUCCCAGUUACUCUAACCAUGUUUAGCUUCCACGUAUAUUUUCUUACCUAAGAGAAUAGUUUCCUGCUUUAAGCAAAAGACCUACAAUAGGUGGUGGAAUUAUAGGUUAGGGGUGGAGUGUUGAUAUAAAUAUAUAAAUACAAAUGUAUAUUUUUCAGGAUGUGGUUUAGGAACUGGGAAUAACGUUUUCUGUUACUCCUGAUGGUGCCAUGAAAGAUUAUGUAAUAAAAUAUUUGAAAAUCAGGUCA